CUUGUUUUUGACAAUUGGAAUGUUUUUCUUUUAAAUUGUCAAAUUACAAAUUAAUUAUAAUUUAAAUAAAAAAUGGCUUCUGCGGUGAGAUUUUCAUCGUGCUUGAAAGAAUUGAGGAUUCAUUUAUGUCAGUCGGGCGCUUCUAGUAAAGGUGUUAGGGAGUUUAUUGAGCAAAGUUAUGUUGAUCUGAAGAAAGCAAAUCCAAAAUUCCCAAUUCUUAUUAGGGAAUGUUCAGGAAUCCAACCCAAAUUGUGGGCUAGGUUUGAAAAAGGAAAGGAACAGUGCUUUUCAUUGAAGGAUUUACAAGCAAGUGAGGUUCUCAAUAAAAUCAGCUCUAUUGCCAAGUAACUGUUAUGUAGAUAUGUAUUUAAUAAAAUUUAGAUAUUAGAAUUAA